AUGUGUGUGUGCUAUUAUAUAUUUUUUUCUGCGCAGGUAUACGCUUCCCCGAGCCGACGUAAAAUGGACACGAAGGGGGAAGGCGAGGAGAUGACUUACCCUCACAUCUGUUUCAUGGUUGACAACUUCGAUGAGGUUUUCUGCGACAUCGUUGUUCGAGAUGGUGAGAUGGUAUGCGUGGAGCUGGUGGCUCGUGGCCGGGGAGGGGCCGCUCAGGCAGUCAUCUUCCUUGGAUCGAUAAGAUACGACGCUCUCACCAGGGUCUACGAUGCUCGGAAUGGUAUCAAUACUUCUUUCAUGUUAUUUAUGGAGCAGCAGUCUUCGCUGUCUACGAAGGUUGCUCAGCGUAUGUCUUUCGGUUUGCUGGGACGAGGAGCCGGCGCUGCGGCCAGGUGCGAGUUUGUGCGGAUGAAGGGACCGGGGGGGAAGGGACACGCUGAGGUGGCCGUAUCUCGAGCUCGUUCAUCAGGAGUACACACUCCUUGCUCGGAGCCAGGGUUAGGUCCGGAGCUGUGGGACAGUGACUUCGAAGACGACCCCGACGAACUAUUCUUAUACAGGCAUCAGCGUCGCCUGAGCGACCCCAGCGCCAACUUGAAUCACUUCGUGCGUGGCGGAUGGCGUGCGAGGGAUAAAGACGACACGAGCCGUUCCGAGAACGAGGGUCUUGAUGCACUGGCUGACGGACUCGCUGAGGUUGAAGCAGGGGACUUGAGAGACGGGCGUUCGGGUCGCGGGCGGCGGGCUUCCUCGGUGCGGUGGAGGACGUGCUGCGCGGGCGCCGGCGGGGGAGGAGGGGGCGGGUCGCGGCGGGAGGGAGACAUGAGGGACGUGUACCGCCGCGCCCCGCCGGACCUGUCCCCCGGCUGUCUGCACACCGUGUCCCCGCGCCGCCGCCCCGUCAGACCCGCGCCCCAGCCGCCGCCGCUGAGGCCGCUACCUGCUCGUGUCUCGCGCUCCGCUCCCCCCGACGCAGAGUGCGAGCUGGCCUGCGACGCAAGCUGCCUGGAUGGACGAUCGUCCCCCGCACCGGCACCCGCGGCCUCGCGCCGCCCGCCCGCCUGCAUGGCGCCGCUUACCGUCCGGGGAGAGGAGGAGCUGCCGAGUCAAGCCCAAGGAGAGAGUGAAGGCCGCGCGGACAGGGAAAAGUCGGGCGGCGCGUGGAGCGCGGGGGCGCGGGCCUACGUGACGCUGCCCCGGCGGCGCGGCGUGGCGGCUGUGCUGUUCCAGAACGCGCCGCUCCCUCCUCGACGGACCACACCCGACGGAACAGAUAUCUACUACUGGUGUGACGUGCCACGGCGCAAGCUCUCCGAGUUGGACGACGGAGCUUACAACCCUUUAUGGGCGAUGCGCGGCUUCACACAGACCUUCCACCUGUGGAAAGAGGGCCGAAGACAGCAGUCCGCUCCGCUCUGUGCGUUCCUUACAUACGUCACACUGCCCUGGUGGAGUAUAGCCAAAGGUGAACCACACACUAUAACAGUACAUACAGAUAUUCUGGAUCACCGCGAGGAACCCAUUCUAACCUUCUGA